UUUGUUUUAGAUCUUUCUUUUUGUUGGAAAUGGGGGAAAUGUAAAGUAGGUACGUGUCUGGCAAGGCAAUCCUAUUGACAGCUGGCUGUCAAUUAUCGGUACAUCCGGUAUAUGUUAUAAAAACAAAACAAUCGGCGUAAUCAGCGUAACAGGAUGUUUCCACUAAGAAGAAUCGUUGGCAAUGCCACCAGGCUAAUGUGCAAUGUGAGGCCGAUGUCUUCUAAGGGUCCUCUGGUAGACCUGACAGUGGACAACGAUGGUGUUGCUAUAAUGACCAUGCAGAGAUUGCCCGUCAACAGUCUCAACUUGGAGGUCCUACAAGAACUGAGCAAAUCUUUGGAUGAGGUGGCUAAAAACAAAUCCAAAGGAAUGAUUUUGACAUCCGCAUCCCCCACUGUGUUCUCAGCCGGUCUCGACAUCAUGGAGAUGUAUAAGCCUGACUUCAAAAGGGCAGAAGCCUUCUGGACAACUCUUCAAGAAGUUUGGCUCAAACUUUACGGCUCUAACUUCAUUACGGCAGCUGCUAUUAACGGUCAUGCCCCAGCAGGCGGUUGCCUUCUCUCCAUGUCCUGUGAGUACCGUGCCAUGGUGUCCGGCAAGUUCACUAUCGGUCUGAACGAGACCGCCUUGGGAAUAGUCGCUCCUACGUGGUUCAUUGACACCAUGAAGAACACUAUUUCUACCAGGGAAACAGAGUUCGCACUUACUAGUGCCAGACUGUUUACCGUUGAGGAGGCUCUUAAGGUGGGUCUAGUCGACGUAGCUGCUUCAGACAAAGCAGACGCAAUUGAAAAAUGCAAACAAUUUAUUAAGAAGUUUGACAGAAUCCCGUCUUUUGCUCGCGCGGUGACUAAGCAGGUCGUACGAGAGGAACCGAUUAGAAAACUGAUUAAGAAUAGGGAGCAUGAUACAACCAUUUUCCUGACCUUCCUCAAGGAUCCUAAAACGCAAGCCGCUUUAGGCUUUUAUAUUGAGAAUUUAAAGAAAAAGGCAGCUGCUGGCAAGUAAAUCCAGCCAAAUACAUAAAAAAAUGUACUAUAGUUAACAUUUAUAGACUGUCCCUGAAAAAUUUAAGAGAAUUGUAAUCAAAAGUCAAUGCAAUCAACAGUGUAAAAAGUUUAUUGUAAGUAUUAUCCAUAAGGUAAGACAACACUAUGUUUUGAUAGUUGUAUACGAAAUAAAUAUUAUCUACCAUUUUUAA